AUGGCUGAGCGCAAAUCAGCGUACGGCGCUCCCGCCUCUGACACCGACUUUCGAAGGACUUGGGAUAAAUCCGAACAUGAAGCAAAGGCAAAGAAGGAGACCGAGGAACGCAGAGAAGAGGCCAAGGCCCGCUAUGAGGCCAAGCUGGAAGGCAAGAAGUGGCACAAGCCCGUCGACUUCUCGUCUCUCGAGACGACGUCGGCAAGAAACUCGCGGCUGGAUGUCGCUAGCAUGGUUGGGAAGAGCACGCUCGUCCCUGCUGGUUCAACUGUCGGAAAGCGAGGGAAAGGGGCGGGCUUCUACUGCGAGGCUUGUGAUCUGACCUACAAGGACAACGUACAAUACAUUGAACAUCUCAACUCGAAGCAACAUCUCUUCAACACUGGCCAGUCAGGCGAGGUAAAGCGGGCAACUCUACAAGAUGUCAGGGAAAGAUUGGAGAUGCUCAAAGCACGCAAGCGACACCAAGAGGAAGAGGAUAGGCGACUAGGCGAAAUCGAUAUUCAGGCCAGGAUCAAGAAGGCCGAGGAACUCGACGAGGCCGAACGCGAAGAGAAGAGACGGAAACGAAAUGAAAAACGCAGGAAAGGCGGAGGGGAGAAUGACAUCAAGAAGGAGGAUGAAUGGGAAGGCCGACUCGGUAUCAUCCACUAG